ACUGAGAGCCACGACAGUGAAGCAUCUUCGACCGACCGGCCGACUCGCUGUGUCGAGGGCACCACUCGCGGUUAGUUCGGGAGAUAUCGGUGAUCGUUUCCUGGCGCAGAUUCUCGUUCACCUAGCUGGGUGUUCACCAUCACAACAAUAGUAUCGCUCUAAGGUUGUAUGACAUCUAGAGCUGAUGAUGGUCUUAGUGAUGUUAGCGUUGUGCUGUUACUAAUGCCGUGAUGUGGUGAUGUUGAUGUAGUUUAUCAACUAGGAGAUUUUCUGGCAACUAGGCUACAAGAAAAUAUUUCACGGACGGAUAUUUUUCUGCUGGACCUGACCCCUGCCGGACCUAUCUCUGACCCCUGCUGCCGUGACCCCAUCAUGAGGGAUAACUCCAGCUAGGGUCUGUGAUGGCGAGGAUUACCUCUCUUUGGUGGCCAGCGAUUGGUCGCCGGUACCACGUGACUAUUUCCUAUGUCGUCAUCAUUGUGUGUUUUAUGCAAAUUUUUCAGCCUUCCUUGACCGUCGCGGUUGACCUCAGUCAGGUGGAUAAAAAGGGUUUGUUCCACUCGCUCAUGGCGUCACGGUGUAACAUGAGCUGUGCGGGCAGCGCGGCCCAGGCGGUGUGCGGCACGGAUGGCGUCACCUACCCCUCACGCUGUGACCUCAAGAGGGCGAAAAAAUGUGACCGGAAAAAUGUCAAGGUCAAGCAUCCUGGAAAAUGUGCUGGAGACUCGGCGCCCGUGGGUAAGUGCACCCUGGAGCGCCUGGAGGCCCUGCAGGUGACCCAGACAGCCCAGAACUCUGACGUGCUCAUCCCGACCUGCAAGGAGGACGGCAGCUUCCACCACAUCCAGUGCCACAACUCCAGCGGCUACUGUUGGUGCGUCACCAAGGAGGGGCGCCACAUCCCCGGGACCUCGUCCAAGGGGCCGCGACCCACGUGCAGCAAAGCCAGCAAGCGCAAUAAGAGAAAGGGGGGCCGUGUGGGCAAGUCCAGAAAGACAAAAGAAGAGUGUGGACCCAAAGAGCGGCAACUCUUUAACACCGGCCUCAUCAAAGUGUUCAAGGAGGAGUACGACAGGGUCAACCCCUCCCCUCCCCCCUCUAAAGGCGGCCUGCAGGCGCCAGGGUUCGGCACAGAGAAGGCCGUGGUCCUGUGGAAGUUUGACGAGCUGGACGUCAACAAAGACGGCAAGCUCAAGUUCAAGGAGAUCCGAAAGUUCAAGAAGAUGGUCAAGAAGCUGAUGAAGCCAAAGUUGUGUGCCAAAGACUUUCUAAAUUUCUGUGAUAAAAAAACGGCGCGGACCAUCGAUAGGAGCGACUGGACGCUGUGCCUGGGCGUCGAUUUAAAAUUGUCUUUUCACAUGUUCCUAUCUAUGAACUCAGCUAGUCACGUCACGAGCACCAGCAAACCUAGCCAUGUGCCCAGAGAGGAUACCAUCAAGGUGCCGUUACCGCCAUCGUUUGUGGCCACCCAUAUGGCCACUUUGAACAGCGGGCCAUCAUCCAACAGCUUGGCCAACAGACAUGAGAAAAAAGAGACCAGCCAGAACUGCCUGGAGGAGCGCGAGUCAGCCAUGAACGACAACUCUCAGGAGCCCAAUGCCAAGUACUACAUCCCAUCCUGCACGCCAUCAGGACACUGGGAGAAGGCUCAGUGCCACCACAACGGCUACUGCUGGUGUGUCUCGGAAAGUACAGGUGAACCUAUCCCAGGUACCGCCACAUUCAACGUCACACCUAGCUGCACCUUUGAGAACGAGAGAGAAUUGAAAGGCUGCCCCCUAGAACACAAGAGAAAAUUUCUCAUUGAUCUAAUGGCUGACCUGACGGAGGAGAGGAAGAAAUCCUUAUUAGAGGGAGACAACCACAACAACACUAACCCUACAGAAACCCUCGCCCAGCGUGAAACAGUUGCCAGAUGGAAGUUAAAAAAUCUGGACAAAAACAAUAACGGGAUAUUGGAGAGAAAGGAGUGGCGGCCCUUUAGGAAGACGACACUAAAAAACAAGAGUUAUCCCCGCAAGUGCCGCAGGAGUUUUCUCCGCUACUGUGAUGAGGACAACAACAAGAAAAUUACCUUCGAGGAAUGGAAGGAUUGUCUGGGCUUAAAUCAAUUCCAGUUUAACAGCCUACCCAUCAACCCAAAACGGAGCGGAAAAAAUCCUUUUAUGGAUCAGUUGACGUGAAGGCCCCCGAAUGGUUGGUGACAGGUCACGUGGCAUCGCAAGAAAGACGCUGAUUGGCUGUUGGCUAGUUGGUAUAGGAUACUUUGACUGCGGGCUAUGCCGCCCUUGGAUUUGAGUAUGUGAACUUAUAAAAUGUGAUUAUGCCAGAAAUCUUUGAACGAGUUAUUUGUCAGCUUUUGUACUCAUCUAAAUAAAAAUGAAAUCACAUUGAAUUCAAUCAAUAGAACUGUUGACGUUUGUUCUACAAAAUGUCUUGAAAUAUUUUCUAAUAAAAUAAAAGCAAAACGAUUUUAAUAAAAAGAUUCCUGCAUCUACUCAUCACACUCCGGUCAAAUUCGUGACUGGCACAAAGCAGUGGCGCCACCUGUUGGGGGGGGGGGUGUAGCCCCAAUACCGCACUAGGUGACACACUACCUAGGGACGCCAUUAAUAAAGAAAAAAAAGACCCAAAGAUUUUAAAAUUUAGUCUCAGUCCUAAUUUCCAAAUGUCGAAUGCUACUGCUUGCACUUCAGUAUUUUCAAAAUAUUUAUCAGAUAGAAAUCCAAUGGUGAAAUGUUGAUGGCGUUUUAAUAAGACGGUCAUAUGACCAAUGUGUUUGCUGGUCACAUGACCAAUGUGAUGGCUGGUCACAUGAUGGAAGUAUCACGUGAUGAAUGUAAGAUUGAAGCAAUAUUGAAUGAUUGCCCAACCCAGAGCCAUUUUUACAAUCACGUGUUUGUUGUAAGGGGGACAAAGGUCGUGAGGUCGUAUGGUCAAAGGUCAUGUGGCUAAAGGGCAUGUGGUCAAAGGUCGUGUGCGAGGUCACAAUGUGUUUGGCUGGUUGUAACAUUUCCUUGCAUGUGUUGUACAAUUUUUAUUGCUAUGAUGUUUAAUUAACUUAAUUGGCAAAAUGUUUUUUCACUAUUCUAUAGGGGCAAUCCAUAAACGACGUCACGUUUUUAAACGAUUUACCCUCCCCCCCCACCAUUGUCAUCCACUGUCACACAAAUUAGAGAGUAAAAAAGUGACGUCACACCUCAGACUACACCCCUACUCCCUCAGAGUUUGUGUGUGUUUGUCAAACAUCGAUUUCUUCACUAACAGCAAACUGAGAUCCUUCAACAUUGCAUGCCUUGAUCAAGUUCACAAACAUUUUUUUUAAAAGCAAAUUAACGGCUAUAAUCCCGUUUCUAACUUUAUUUUUAAAAAUCUAAAAUUGUGUCGUCACACUUACCACCCCUCCCCCAUUCUUCAUCAUACAACGUCACACACGUCUUAACCCCCUCCCACACCCUCCCACACAUCAUACAACGUCACAAAAGUCUUAACACUCUCACACACCCUCCCACACAUCAUACAACGUCACAAAAGUCUGAACACCCUCCCACACUUCAUACAACGUCACAAAAGUCUGAACACCCUCCCACACUUCAUACAACGUCACAAAAGUCUGAACACCCUCCCA